GUUUGAAGUUUCUCGUCUGUGGCGCUAUUUCUGUAUUGUCCGCAAAGUAUGCGGGAAUACAAGCUGGUUGUGCUUGGCAGUGGUGGAGUUGGGAAGAGUGCCCUCACUGUUCAAUUUGUGCAAGGGAUUUUCGCUGAAAAGUAUGAUCCAACUAUCGAAGACAGCUAUCGGAAGCAGGUUGAAAUUGAUUCCCAACAAUGCAUGCUAGAGAUUCUCGAUACAGCUGGAACUGAGCAAUUCACAGCAAUGAGGGAUCUUUACAUGAAAAAUGGUCAGGGGUUUCUGCUAGUUUACUCCAUCACAUCACAGGCUACAUUCACUGAUCUCAACGAUCUGAGAAAACAAAUUCUUCGUGUCAAAGACGUUGACGAGUUUCCACUAGUUCUGGUUGGAAAUAAAUGUGAUUUGGAAGAUGAAAGAAGUGUGGGUACCGAACAGGGAAGAAACUUGGCAAAUGAGUGGAAGUGUCAUUUCGCAGAGACUAGUGCCAAGACUAAAUCUAAUGUAAAUGAGGUGAGUAUUUUACGUUGUUUCGUACAUAUCCAAUCAAAUUUAGUGUCAUUAUACACUCACAUGCACUCCACUCAAAUUGGGAAUUCAGUUUUAAUGUUGCGAGCUCUCUAGUAUUAUUAUUGGGACUCUAUCUAAUGUCAGUCCGAAUUUGGUCGUAGGUUUUUCGAUUGUCCGAUGUUUAGCAAUGAAAUAAUAUUUCACGAUCUUGUUCGUCAAAUUAAUGCGAAGACACCCAAUCCUGCAUCGAAGUCGUCGAAGAAAUCAAAAUGCUGUUGUCUGUGAAAUAGCAGUUUUGUAUGCUUUUAAUAUCUUGUUAUUUAUUUUCGCGUCUAUAAAAUGACCAAGCUUCACUAACUUACAUUCGAAAGCGCAUUAUUAACUUUGUUCUGAAUUCAAGUAGUAAUUGUGCCCUUACUGUUUUUAUUCGCUGGUCUCAUUUUUUAAAUUUAGUAUAUUAUGUUGGCAUUCUUUUGUCCCAGUCUCUCUGAUGUUUCGUGUAGUUCUCACAAAGACAGUUUUGCUUCAGUUGCCUGCUUCCUGAUUGAUGAAAUCAAAACAGGUCAUACCUAGUUCUGAAACAUCCUAAUCAAUAUAUGCCGCUUAAUUAGUAAUAUUUUAAUGUUUUUAAUCUUCAUUUUUGUUUCUUUCGACUUCGGUGUCAGAAUUUUUUGUAAUUUUCACGCUUUCUGCCUUAUACAAACUUCAGUUUUUUUUAAUUUCCAAUGGUCCGAUGUGGUGUGACGUGAUUAUCCAGUUAGGAUUGUGUAUAGUUUUUAACUGUUUCUUUUAUUAACUUUGUUUUAUUAUCACAUGUAUCGGUGAUACCCUUUUGUUUUCUGAUUUUACAUUAAUAUACGCUUUCAGCGAUCUCAAUCAUUUUUGGGAAAUAAACUUACAUUAUAU